CUCGACUGAAUCUCAAAUUCCUCACUGAAUUUAAGACACAGACAGCAGAAGCACGGUCAAAAUGCCGCCAACACAACCCAUCGUAGCCCUGUUCGGCUACGAAAUGUCCACCUUCACCAUCAAAAUCCGCCAUAUUCUCAAGCUCAAACAAAUCCCCUAUACUUUCGUUGCAGUCCCAACAAUGAUGCCACGUCCGCUCCUUCGCGACAAUUUUCACCUUACAUACCGCAAGAUCCCCGUCCUCGCCAUUGGCCGCGAAUUAUAUUGCGACACAUCGCUCAUUACCGAAGCACUAGAACACUUCUUCCCGGCCUCAGAAGGCUAUCAAAGCAUUUACCCUCGAGCUCAAGAUGGCAGAGAUUACAGACCACUAAUCCGAGGCUUUGCAUCAUACUGGACCGAUCGACCGCUGUUCCGCGUGACGUGCGGAUUGAUGCCAGCGAGUAUCUGGAGGAGUUCCUUUGGCACCGACCGAGCCCAACUGAUAGGACACAAAUUGGAUCCUGACAAACUGGAGAAGAAACUUCCUGAAAAUCUGAUGAAACUCGAUCAUCAACUAUCUAUGGUCGAGCCACUCUUCACAACAGGAACCGACGGCCCUUGGAUCUUCUCCACACCCACGCCUUCGCUGGCAGAUAUCUCGCUCUACUACGAAUUACUCUGGGGCUGGGACAUUUCCUCAGGAGAGUACACACAUAGUAUCACUAUGGGCGGUGCCGAGAAUGAGAAGGAAGCGGGAAUGAAACCUGUCUUCAAUGCUCAGCGUUAUCCGGGCGUUUGGGGAUGGUACCAGAGGAUGAAGCGGUAUUUCGAUGAAAUGCCGGAUACGGAACAGGAUCGAUCGAAGGAGGUCGAGGCGGUUUUGGCGCAGAUGAGAGAAGCGCCUGCGCUGGGCAAGAGGUCUUUGUUGCUUCCGACUCCGAGGUCCGUGAUUGAGGAUUUGUGUAAUCGGACGGGGUUGAAGGAGGGUGCGCUCGUUUCUGUUGCGCCGGAUGAUACUGGGCGAGAUGAUCCGACGAUUGGGACAUUGAUAGCUCUUUCGCCCGAGGAAGUUGUCAUUAAGCCGAAGCCACUGGAACAGCGUGCCACUGUCGAGACGAGGAUUCACUUCCCAAUGCUUGGAUUUGUGGUCAGACCAGUCAAGGAAGCCAAUCUGUAG